AGAUUUUCCCCGUCCGCUGUGGCGUAUAUAAAGACUCAAUCCAUAAUAGAGAAAAUCAAUCGCAGUCAUCAUGUAUAUCGCUAAUAGACGAAUGUGGUCUUACAUAUCCACCUUGUGCCUCGUUCUCUGCAUGGCGCUCUUCUUUGGAUCAUCGUGUGCUACCCCCACACCUCAGGUCAGGCCUGUACCCGGCGAUUGUUCCAAGUACAUGCAAUGUGAUGCCGGUGGUUGUUUCAUCCUAAGCUGCGGUGCAGGAACGGAGUUCAAUCCAAGUAUCAACACGUGUGACUAUCCAUUGAUGGGCCGUCAAGGAUGCGGAAAUCGAGGAUGAUCAUUUGUUAUGCAUCAUUCAGGCUGUAUAAAUUAUAUUUCCAGCUGCAUCACGGUAGAAUAGAUAAACGGGAUUUUCCUCUACGAUAACAGCAAGCGGGCAAGACCGGAAAAUGAAUGCAAUGUACAUAACGUUUCAUCUUGAUUUGUAAUCAUGGAUCAGAUCGUGACUUCCCACUAAUUAUACAUCGACGUUGUAUGAUGACUCGAGACAGUAAAGAUGACAAAUUUGUACAAUUCCGGCGCUGUAUAUUAUUGAAUUAAAAUUAUUAUUAUUUACAUCGAA